CUCCUUUAUAUAACUAAUUUUCUCCGUGAAACAGUAAUUGGACUGCCAUAAUUACAGCUCUGACAUGUGGUUUCAAACAUCCAUAAAAGAGGACAAGGAAAUAUUACUGUACCUCGAUAAGUGUCCUAAAUAUAAAUGUACUGCUGUCACAUUGUUAUUGGAUGAUGAUUCAAACAGAUCACAUAAUGUUCUUAAAAUCUUGCUACAAGUCAAGCACUCUAGUUUCCACUGAUCUGAUGCAGACUGAGAGUGUUUAAUAGCUUGUAGUGAUGUGCUUAUCAGGAUGCUAAUAAUAAAGUAGACACAGGCAGAUUAUGCAGUUCUCCAUCUCGCAGAUGAGAAAAAAUAAUUCCUAAUUAUCAAUGAGCAGUUGGUCAUGUUCCCAUGGUUACAAUGUGAGACAAGAUAGUUGUUUUUUUUCAUAAUGCAUUAAGGAAGGAAUGCAACUUUUACAAUGCUUGAUACUUUUUUCUCUCAUACAUUUUAGUGUUAAUAUGGCAGAAUAACCAUGGGAGACUGGAAUUUCCUUGGAGGCAUUUUAGAGGAGGUCCACAUUCACUCCACUAUUAUUGGAAAGAUUUGGCUAACGAUCCUCUUCAUAUUUCGCAUGCUUGUCCUUGGAGUGGCAACAGAGAAUGUUUGGAAUGAUGAACAAUCAGAAUUUAUAUGCAAUACUGAGCAGCCUGGUUGCAGAAACAUGUGCUAUGACGAGGCCUUUCCCAUCUCUCUCAUAAGAUACUGGGUCUUGCAAGUUAUAUUUGUGUCUUCCCCUUCCUUGGUGUAUAUGGGUCAUGCCUUAUACAGACUAAGAGCCUUAGAAAAAGAGAGGCAAAAAAAGAAAGCUCAGGUAAGGAUGGAACUUGAAAGCACUGAAUUAGAAAUGACUGAAAAUCGUAAAAGACUGGAGAGAGAACUCCGGCAAUUGGAUCAAAGAAAGCUGAACAAAGCACCCCUAAGAGGCUCUUUGCUCUGCACUUAUGUGAUACAUAUUUUCACAAGAUCUGCAGUGGAAAUUUGCUUUAUGAUUGGGCAGUAUCUUCUUUAUGGUUUUCACUUAGAUCCCCUUUAUAAAUGUCAGAGAGACCCAUGUCCAAACACAGUUGACUGCUUUGUAUCUAGACCAACAGAAAAGACAGUGUUUAUAUUAUUCAUGCAAUCGAUAGCGACUGUCUCAUUGCUUUUAAAUAUUCUAGAAAUUAUCCACUUAGGAUUCCGAAAAAUUAAAAUGGGACUCUGUGAGCAGAAUAAAAACAAGGAUGACUCUGACAAUUUCUGCAUAAACAAAUCUAAGAAAUAUUCUGUGAUACCACAGUCUUCUUUGGGAAUAUCUAACACCCCUCAGAAAACACUUCCUUGUGCUCUUAGCAGUUGUACCUUUUUGAUGGAAAAGCAAACUGACACUAUGCUCUACCCAGUUUUAAAUUCUCCUUCUAUGUUUCAGUCUGUGCCAAAUAACUGUACAGAAAGCAGCAGUAAUUACACCCAUUGCAAUCAGGAAAAUAAAUUUCCAAAGAAGAGGCCAGCUACAAAUGCUUUAGACAAUCACACUCAAAAUGCUAGCACAAAUAAUAAUGAAGGCUUUCUUGGCGAGCUUUGGACUGAGAUGCAUGAUGCACAAGAAGAGGCUGAAGAGAAACAUUUUCUUAUUACUCAGAAUGCAGAUACAGCUUCAAACAUGUACUUGAGAAGCUUUGCUGAGAUGCCAUCUCAAACUUUAUUGCAACCUGAUACAACUUUUCCUAAUACCAGUUUUAGAAGACAGGCAAUGGUUGAGAGCACAGGAGCACCAACAAAUUCCCUUCCAAAGAACAGUGACGGAAGACAAAGCAGUUUCAGUGUAAACAAAGCCCAAAUUCCUUACAAUGCUAAUGUAAAAAAUUCCAGCCGACCAGACACUUCUGAUUCUAUGGGGGUGGUGAGCUCAGAAUCUACACAAAGCAGAAACUGGAACAGUCCUAAGCUUUUCUCUCUGUCUAGGCAACAGUCACUGUCAAGCAAUGCCAGCAGUAGGCGUGCCCCCACUGAUCUUCAAAUAUAG